AGAUGAGAUCAGUUCACAGAGUCCAAAUAAUCACAUUAUAACCAAGUCGCGGUGGUUUAAAUGAAACUUUCACCACCUGAGUUUGAUUACCUUGGCCACCGAACCGUGUCUUAAUUGGAAUAACUCGUAUCGGGAUGCAAGGUUUUGUGAGAUGAGUUUUGGACCUAUAUAUAAAGUUGUUGAGAUCCUCACGGUGAUAAAAAUAAUCACUUUAUGUAUAUAUGAUCGAGUUAAGGAAAAAUGAAAGUAAAGUUUUUUGUUUCAAGACUGAGUAGUGUCCAUCUCCUCCAAUCCAUCCACUACUGACUUUCUUGAUUUUAUCUAAAGUUUUACCAAAGAAACAGUAUUAAAGUCUUUUACUUGCUAAAGACAAAUCUUUCAUUUAACUUUCAACGAUAUUUACAAUUUAGCAUAAAAAUACUAUGGAUAAUAAUAAAAUAUCAAUAAAUAAAACAGUUUAAAACUACUUAACCUGUUUCAAAAAUGUAUGUUUGAUAUUUUACACAUAUUAAUAAAACAUAUUAAUUUUUGAUCAUAAAUGUACAUUUGUUCUGUUUAUAUAUCAUAAAUGUGCAUUUUGUUUGAUUACUUAUCUCCCAUAAUAUUUUAAAAAAUAAUUAAACAAAUAUAAAUAUAUUUUUUAAGUUUAUGAUUUAUUAUUAUUAAUUAAUAAAAGUUAUAUAAAAGGUGAAAAAUGUUAGCUUUUUUGAAACGAGUUUUUUCAGAAUAUUUAUUUUUUGAAUCGAGGGAGUAUUGAUUUUGUAAAUAAACUUUUGUUAGUAUAUUCCAAAUUGUUCAGUUGGUUAAAGAAACUUUCGUUUUGGAAUCACUUUAGGGAACACACCUGACAUGGCGCCACAAGAAACCCUUAGAAUUUACAAACUAAUAUUUUGGGAGAUCUAUACCUUAUACAAUAUGUACGUAGCAUGAUUGAAAUUUCAUUGGAGGCAUGCAGUUUUUUUGGUCGACGGACACCUGCAACAAUUGGUGACUUUAUAUAAGAUCUACAAAAAAAUUAAAACAAUAAUAGUGCGGCCUUUAAACAACAAGACUCAAUUAACGUGAUAAUGUAAAAACUUAUGAUCGAUUUAAUAUGUUUACCAAAAAAAAAUCUUAGGAUCGUUUUGAAACAAUGAAAAAAUAGAUUCCUACCAGUUAAACAAAGAGAGUUAUGUAAACAAAACAAAAUUUCUGAUAAGACAACAUGAAGAAACUAGGAAAAAUUUGAAUAUGUGAAACUCUAAAAAUAACUAAAAUGAAAAUCGUGUCAAUUUAUGAUUCUAAAUCAUAUUAAAUUAUUAAUUAUGAUUUAUGAUUCUAAAUUGAAGUUACUUGAUGAGAAUAGUAUUAAAUGAGUUUUUACAUACUAUUAUAAGUUUUGAGCCGUACUAAUUAUAUAAACAAGAAUGUUUGGGGACAAAAUAAUUCUGAGUUUUAGGAUUUUGGUUAAUUCCAAACCAAAAGAAUGUAAGAACGAAAAAAAGUAUGUAUGGCAGCAUAAAUUUACAAUAUUCGUAAAUAACAUUAAUUAUUCAAAAGACACUAGGUGCAAGUGCAGCUCCCCUUUUGUGAACUACACAAAUAUUAGACAAAGGAUAAAACCAAAAGUUUUGACAUUAUUCAGUUUAAAUGUUAUUUAUAGUUUUCUUCCCUAUAUUUACAUUUAAAAAUCAUUCUGCAUUAGUAUUUCAUUAUGUAACCAUUAACUGCUAAUAGCACCAUGAGUUUUUCUGAUACUUUAAACGAUUUUUCUAAAUUACACAUAUCAGCAAUGAUCUUUUACUGCUGAGCAUGUGCCAGACCCAUUACCUAAAAAAAAAUCAAAUUACUACACGUUGCAGUGUUUUUUUUUUUCUUCGGAAAAUCAAGAAAUCAACCAAAUGUGGAUACAAUCAAGUAAUCAACAACAAAAAAAUCGUUUCUCUUCCACAUGUCAUAACGCGAGCUACUAAAGCCAAUCAUAUUAAAAAAACUUUAUACUAUUAUAUUUCAAUUUUAUGUUAAACUAUAGAAGAACGUAACAGACAACCUAGAGAGGAUGGGACGGGGUAUAAUAUGGUUGAGGAAGAUCUGGAUUUCUUCACCUACCCAGACAAUCUAUAGACCGUUGAUAUUAUUUUAAUUUCCAAAAUCGGCUAGAACAUUAAUUAUGUGGCAAAAGUGGAAGCACAACAGGCGAUGAGUCAUCGGCUUUGUGGCCAAACUAUUACGCAUAAUUUGACAAACGAAUUUAUACAAAAAAAACAUGACAACUCAAACUCACAAAAUUAAAAUAAUAUAAAUUUAUAUUGUUGUUGAAGUUUUGUUGGUAGACGUAACAUACGUUACAAAUCCCGAGGAUAUAAAUAGAGCUCGUUGAAUAAGAUUAGCAUAGAGAAACAAAGCUCAACAACAAGAAAAAAAAACAAAUAUGGCAAUGAAGAUCAUCAAGAAUCAUGUAAGAUCGAUAAGUUUACCUUCAAGAUCUCAUCCCAGCACUGCAGCGAUUGAGGAAUCACUAGACAAAUUUCUUAUCACUAUGAAGACGAAGACAGUAACGUCAUCUGAAUCGGUUAACUCCGGUUUAGUGGGGUUAGAGGAUCUGUACGAGUGUACGGAGGAGUGUCUGAAGAUGGGUUCCACACGAAAUGUGUUGUCGUUUAAUGCUGAGAGGAAGAAGAUGAAGGGGGAGUUUAUGGAGGAAAUGCUUGAUGGGUCGUUGAAGCUAAUGGAUAUAUGCAACGCCUCAAGAGAUCUCAUGGUUGAAACUCAUGAACACGUUCUUGGUCUUCAAAUUUGCGCUCGGAGAAGGCGAGAUGUCGAUUUCUCGGACUAUGUCGUGUUUAGGAAGAACAUGAAGAAAGAAGCGAGGAAGCUUCUUGGAUCCUUGAAGAACAUUAAUGUAGGGUUAGUAAUGAGAGAUAAUGAUCUGGAUCAAGACCGUGAUGUUCAUUUCUUUGCCGUGAAUCACGCUAUGAGAUGUGUUGUCUCGAUGACGGUUUCGGCCUUGAAGUCGUUCUUGGAGUUCUUGUCGGGUCGAGAAAACGGAAACGACAUAAGGAGCAAGUUCGCUUUGGUCCUCAUGAAGAAGAAGUUUCAUGGUUACGAUAAGAUAGUCAAAAACGAGUUGGAGGAUGUAGAUUCAGCUAUAUCUGGAGAUUCUUGCUCUCAAGAGGAACUUCAUAGGAAGCUUGAGGACCUUGAGGUGUGGACUGGGAGGUUUGAGAAAAGUCUAGAAGGUUUGUUUCGAAGACUGAUUAGAACACGGACCUCGCUUCUCAACAUCAUUUCUCAAUAGAUGUAUAUGUAUGUAAUAUUGUAAUCUUUGUGGGCAUCUGAUUUUAGAGGAAUUGCCGGAGGGUUAUAUACUAUACACAUAAGAUUUUGUAAACGCUAGUUUAGUUAAUUAUAUUUAUAGAAACAUUUUAUCAAAUAUAUAGCAAUCUUUCGAUCACACGUUUUGGUAUCACUUGGUGAUGAAUUACCAAUUUGAACCACUGGAUAUAACAUGAAAAAAUCACCGAGACUGUCUAGUGAACAAUUAUAUUCCCAAAUACUCACUUUUUCCAAACCUUUUCGCCAGGUGAUGUCCGUAAAGAAUUGAUGCUCGGAAUGGAAAAAAUACAUAGGCAUGGCGGAUCUAACUGAUCAAAUACUUAUCCAGCAAUACUAAUCUAGUAGAUUAAAUGGAUUGAGCGGAAGAAGUAUACAUUUAGCAGUACAAGAGUGAGCAGAUAUAAUUAUUAAUAUAUACUAGUAUUUCACUCCGUGCUGCACGAUCAAUUUCUGCUUGCAUUUAAAUUCUAUAAGAAAAUAAAAUUAUAGUGUUCUCUAUUUCUUGCUUUUAAUCAAAAUUGAAUUUACAUUAACUUUUUGCUUAAGAAUUUAUAAUUUAC